AUGGCUGCCAACACUUUUUUCGUCGACGGAGGAGUCGACCUCGGUGGAAAGGAUGAGUUGUUGUUAGAGGACGACUGCGAGGAGGCGAUGGUGAUUCCCUCUAUGCAAGAUUGCAUCACUUCUGUCGGCACCUUUCAACAGCGCACCGACUUUGGUAUUGACAUUAAGAAGCACCACGUUCGCAACAAGAACCGUCAGGCUCCCAAGUCCGAGGAUGUCUACCUGUUGUUGCUUGUCAAGCUCUACAGAUUCCUCGCUCGCCGCACGGACUCUGCCUUCAACAAGGUUGUCUUGAAGCGUCUUUUUAUGUCGCGUGUCAACCGCCCCCCCAUGUCCGUCUCCCGUGUUGCCCGUAACAUGGCCGGCAAGGAGGGCAAGACCGCCGUCGUUGUCGGAACCGUCACCGACGACAACCGCUUCCUCGAGGUCCCCAAGUUGUCGAUUGCCUGCUUGCGCAUCACCAAGUCCGCCAAGGCUCGCGUCUUGAAGGCCGGCGGUGAGGUCAUUACCUUCGACCAGCUCGCUCUCCGUGCCCCCACCGGUGCCAACACCAUCCUCCUCCGCGGCAAGAAGAACACCCGUGAGGCCGUCAAGCAUUUCGGUAUGGGUCCCGGCAAGCAUGCCAAGCCCUAUGUCCAGUCCAAGGGCCGCAAGUUCGAGAAGGCCCGUGGUCGUCGUGCCUCCCGCGGCUUCAAGGUUUAA